AUGACGGGUAGAGACGACGCAGUACCAGCAGAAAAGUUUUUUCGCUUCUCAGAAAAUGGUAAUGGUCCAUGGGAAAUCCAUCGACCACAAUCAGUAAUCAUGAGUCUUGUUGAAAAAGGUCGUUUCAGUGGUGAAGUGCUCGACAUCGGCUGCGGUAUUGCUGACAACGCAAUCUAUAUUGCCAAACAUGCAAAUAAUGUUCAUGUCACAGGGUUUGAUUUGGUUCCAAAGUCCAUUCAGAUUGCUCGUGAAAAAGCCGAAAAGAAUCAAUACCAUCAAACAACAUUCAUACGAUNAUUGCUUGCAAAUGAACAAGGAAAUUUUGGUAGUCAAACAACGUGUUCAACUGGUAUCAAUUCACAACCAUGUGCAAUUCUUGCUGGUGAUUUUAAUAAAGAUAAUAUAUUAGAUAUUGCGGUAGCUAAUUUUGGCACUAGUGAUGUCGGUAUAUUACUUGGGCAUUCUACUAAAUAUUCCACGAAUUCUACAUUUACAAAUGGGAUCACUAAUCCCGUGCCUAUAUUAUUAGGAGACUAUUAUGUGGGUUUUCGCAAUCAAACGAUCUAUUUAACUGGCUCUAGUUCUCAACCAUAUGCGAUUGACAUUGGUUAUUUUAAUAAUGAUACCCAAAUCGAUAUGAUUGUUGCUAAUUCAGGAAAUCAAAAUGUUGGACUAUUGCUUGGAUAUGGUAACGGAAGUUUUGCCACUGAAAUAAUCUAUCCAACUGGUACUGGUUCCAAUCCAGAAGUUGUUAUUGUUGAGGAUUUCAAUAAAGAUAGUCGAUCGGAUGUUGCUAUUACCAAUUCAAAUGAUGACAGCAUUAUUAUAUUUUUAGGCAAUGACCAUGUCAAUUUUACAAAACUAACAUAUUCUACUGGUCAGGCAUCGAAUCCAAGCGCUUUUGCAACUAGUGAUUUGAAUAAAGACGCAUAUAUCGAUCUUAUUGUUGCAAAUCAAGGAACAGAUUCCAUCGGUAUAUUCUUUGGAUUUGAUUACAUAUCUUUUACAAAACAAAAGCCAUAUGAAACUGGAGAUGCUACUGGUCCAUAUGCGAUAGGCGUUCAUGAUUUCAAUAAUGAUAAUUACUUAGAUAUUAUGUGUGGACUUUAUAAUACGAAUAAUGUCGGCGUUUUUCUAGGAUACGGUAACGGUACUUUUGGAUCAAUGACAACAUAUGGAUUCGUACCUGCUGGACGUCCUUGGUCAAUUGCUGUUGGUGAUUUGAAUAGAGACGGUCAAUUAGAUGUUGCAGUAGCAAAUUGGGGCGCUAAUUGUGUCAGUGUCAUGUUUGGAUAUGGAAAUGGAAGUUUUGCAGAGCCUGUCUUGUAUUCAACUGGUAGUCGACCAUUAUCAGUUGCCAUAGGUGAUUUUAACAAUGAUAAAUAUCUGGAUAUUACCGUGGCAAACUAUGGUUCAAAUAAUAUAGAUGUACUUUUUGGAAAUGAAAAUGGAACAUUUCGAAAAUUAACAACACUUUCAACCGGGGCAGGUUCUCGUCCGUAUUCGGUUAAUAUUGUCGAUAUCAAUAAUGAUACUCAAUUAGAUAUAAUAAGCGCUUGUGGAGGAAUUGAUAGUGUUAGUGUAUUUCUUGGAUACGGUAAUGGCAGUUUUACAGAACAAAUAACUUCUUUUGUUGGUCUUGGUUCUUAUCCAUGGUAUGUCAUCACUGGUGACUUCAACAAAGAUGGACAAUUAGAUGUUGCUAGCGCAAACUACGGUAGAGGUGAUAUCGGUGUAGCCUAUGGAUACGGGAAUGGUAGUUUUGGAAAUUUGCGGACAUAUUCCACAGGUAUUGGCUCUAAUCCAACACAUGUCCAGAUCGGUGACUUUAAUGGUGAUAGUUGGUUGGAUAUUAUUACUACUGAUGAAAAUAGGAAUAGUGUAGGCAUCUUCUAUGGUUAUAGUGAUGGAACAUUUGCCAGUAUGUCGAUAAUACCCAAUGAAGAACUUUCUCGUGUAUAUGGUGUUGCAAUGGGUGAUUUUAACAACGAUGAAAAGUUGGAUUUCACUAUCACAAAUAAUGCUAAUCAAGAUAUGAUCGUAUUUCUUGCAUCUGGUGCUGAGCCUUUUGGAGGUCAAACAACAUUCGCCGUUGGUGAAGGCUCUCAUCCUUCUUCGGUAGUGAUUGGUCAUUUUAACAAUGACAGUCAACUCGAUAUUGCUAUCGCCAAUUCUGGUACCAACAGUAUAGGUGUAAUGCUUGGAUAUGGUAACAGAAUGUUUUCAAAUGUUAAAACAUAUCCGAUUGAUAAUUUUUAUCCGUUGUCAUUAGCUAUCGGCGAUUUUAAUAACGAUUCUGUUACAGAUAUUGUCGUUGUCAAUUCAGAAAGUGAUAAUAUUGUCAUACUUAUUGGAUAUGGUGAUGGAAGUUUUUUUACUUUAAUAACUUAUUCGAUGGGGACUAGUUCUUAUCCAGUAUCAGUCGCUGUGGGUGACUUUAAUAGAGAUGAACAACUCGAUCUUGUAGUGGCAAAUUUUGGUACAAAUAAUGUAUGUAUACUCAAUGGUUUAGGUAAUGGAACAUUUAUUAAUCAAACGUGGUUUCCAAUAGAAUAUGACUCUCGACCACGAUGGAUUGUCUUUAAGGAUUUGAAUGAUGAUAGUUGGAGCGAUAUAAUCGUCACAACUUAUGGUACAAAUAAUAUAAAAGUUCUUUUGAAUCUCUGUUAA